GGUAAAGAGCCACGCAUGCGCAAGAACUAGAGUCUAGCGGCAGCUGUAGAGAAAGUGAAUGAAAACAUCAGGGCGUGUAUGAGGCCGAAAUUUAUGGUUCUGUUUGAAGUACUGUUGCAGUGAAGUCAUGGUUGGCGAAAUCGACAGUUUCCGUUCAUUGGGUCCUAAUGCCAGAUCCAUGAAGUUAACUGGUCACGUAGGAUUUGAUAGUCUUCCUGAUCAGCUGGUUAAUAAAUCUGUGAACAAAGGAUUUUCUUUCAACAUUUUGUGCAUAGGUGAAACUGGAGUUGGAAAAUCAACACUGAUAGACUCAUUGUUCAAAAGAACUUUUGAGGGUGAACCUCAUAAUCAUGAGAAUCCCAAUGUUCAAAUUCAAGAUGUCACCUAUGAUUUAAAGGAAAGCAAUGUUUCCUUAAAGUUAACUAUUGUUGAAACAAUUGGAUUUGGUGACCAGAUAAAUAAAGAAGACAGCACCAACGCCAUUCUACAGUACAUUGACAAGCAAUUUGAGGCAUAUCUUCAGGAAGAAAUGAUGAUCAAAAGGGCUCUUGGGUCAUACCAUGAUACAAGAGUUCAUGUUUGUCUCUAUUUCAUUGCACCAACUGGCCAUUCGCUAAAGUCAUUGGAUCUGGUUUGCAUGAAGAGGCUUGAUAAGAAGGUUAACAUCAUUCCUAUCAUUGCUAAAGCAGACACUGUUUCCAAGAAUGAGCUCCAGACAUUCAAGCAACGGAUAAUGGAUGAACUGAAUAAAAAUGCAGUGGAGAUUUAUCGGUUUCCAACUGAUGAUGAAACAGUGGCAGAUAUGAAUAACCAAAUGAAUCAACAACUUCCAUUUGCUGUUGUUGGGAGCCGAGAAGAAGUCGUCAUAAAUGGUGAAAAGUGCCGGGCUAGACAAUACCCAUGGGGAACUGUUGUUGUUGAAAACGAAAACCAUUGUGACUUUGUAAAGCUGCGUGAAAUGAUGCUGAGAACAAACAUGGAGGAUCUUAUUGAAACCACUCAUCGCAAACACUAUGAACUUUACCGUAAACGAAAGCUAGAAGAAAAAGGAUUCGAUGAUGGUCAAGACAGCAUCCAAGAGUCAUACAAACAUAAACGAGAAGAGUACAUGCAUGUUUUGCAGAAAAAAGAGGAAAUCAUAAGACAAGCAUUUGUACAAAAAGUAAAAGAAAAAGAAAACGAAUUGAAUGUUGCAGAGCAAGAGUUAAAGGCAAAGUUUGAAGACAUGAAAAUAGCACAGAGUGAGGAAAAGAAAAAGAUAGAGGCAAUGAGGAAGCAACUGGAAGAAGAUAUUGCAGAAUUUGAAACAAAAAAACAAGAUUAUGCAGCACAAAUGGCAAAAGCAGCCAUGAAAAAGAGAGGAAAAUGAAGUGACAAAUGAGAAGGAACUUGAGUUUUAUAGCUAUUUAAAUUGGUUAUAAAAGGCCACAAGGUGUACCAAACAAGCGAAAACAAAAAGACCUGCGGUAUCUGACCUAAGCAAGUCUUUUGCUGAAAUUUCGUUAAGUAAAAGAAGUAUAUUUAAAUAUUAUUGCAGUCGAGUAUGUAUUCACUUAUUAUCCGUAUGUUGUAUGCUGUUAAAUCAGAAUUCAUGGCUUGGCUUAGCUUAGAUUAGAACCUUGAAGACAACAGACAAUGCAGCCUUAUUUAGCCAUUAAUCUAUCAGCAUCAAAUGAUUUAACGUGAACGUAUAUAGUUUCCCUUUGCAAUAAAAGCAACAAAACUCUUUUAGACUCUCAUACAUUUUGACAAUUUUUGGUGCUUAACAUCUUUCAUUUACUAUAGGUUUUUUAAUAGUCUUGAAAUUAUUAAAUUUGUAAGAUCUAUCAGAGUUACGAGAUAAAAUUACAGAUAAUAUUUAAUCGAUGAUACUAUAUUAGAGUUUCCAAAAAAAUCCAGUUUACGAUGAUUAGUUCUUGAAUUUCUGUGUAUGUUUUCUUUUGCUUGACAUAGAACCAAUUUUAUACAUUAUGUGGUGA